CAAAGAGUUUUUAUCUCCCCUCCUCAUCACCUUACUUUUCCUCCUUGUCUCAUCUUCCUGGGGAAAGCAUCCCCUAUUCAGCAUCCCCAGAGUACUCUCAAAACUAUCAAAAGGGCCUUCUCCCAGCUUCUCUGAAUGUGUCUGGUCCCAGCCAAGAUCCCUCCCUCAGCCCGAAGGGCCUUCUUUAGGGACCCAUGCCCAUCAACUUCUGAUAAGACAGACAUGCCAGAACAGGAAGUGGGGAGGCAGAGAUGAAGGCAAGUUAGUGCUAGCCUGCUUUCUGCUCCCACCACCCACAACACCCCCAUCGGAAUGUGUGUGUGCUAGUAUGAUUGUGAGUGUGAUUGGAUGAUUAUGGAAACACAACUAUAUGGGAGUGGGAAUUUGAGUUUAAUUGGGGCUGUAUGAUUUUGUCUAUGACUGUCCAAUCAUGAGUGUGACUUUGUGAGCUUAUUUGAGUGACCAAGGUGUGACUGUGAAUGAGGCCAUGGAUAUAUGAGUAUGAAUGUCUCACAUUACAUGCUACUGUGGACCCUUAGCUGUCGUUAGUCACUGUAUGUCAGUCCCCACAUCAUGCACUAUCCCUCUGCCCUACUUCUCUGACCAGGGCUUAGGAGCCCAUGGGAAAUGGCAGUACUAGAAGACGAAGGGGUCUAUGUCUCCAGGCCAAAAUUUAAGGCUCUGGAGUGUCACAAGAUAAGCACUGCCUCUUCACCUGUCUCUGACUCACCUGGUGCCCCAGGUAAAAUACACUCAGAUAAAAGGUAGGACAGGAGGAGGAGAGAGAGGAAAGUGUCUAGGCUAGGCUAAACAGCAUGAAGUGGCUCUCGCCCACCAGCAGCCUCCUGCUGCUAUUGUUGCUCCUAAGCCCAGACCCUGGAGCAGCUUUGCUACUGCCACCCAGCACUACCUGCUGUACUCAGCUCUACAGACAGCCACUCUCCAGCAAGCUACUGAGGAAGGUCAUUCGGGUGGAACUGCAGGAGGCUGAUGGGGACUGUCAUCUCCAGGCUUUCGUGCUUCACCUGGCUCGACGCAGUGUCUGCAUCCAUCCCCAGAACCGCAGCCUGGCUCGGUGGUUUGAGCGCCAAGGGAAAAGGUUCCCAGGGAAAAGGCUUCCUGCCUGAAUCUGAUGCUACAAGGGAAAAUGGGCUGGAGUCCCCAACAGCCAAAAUAAUAAAGCAAGAUUAGACAAUGA